CCGGCAGGCAGUAAUCUGCGCGCUCAGCCCCUUGGGAGCAGCAGUUUCAGCAGCGCAGAUGUGGGUGUGAGCUGUAUGGCCAGGAACUCGCCUUCCCAGCGACCAGUUUGGCAGGGCUGGGCGUUUCGACCCGCUUGGCUGGGCGGGGCCCCUCGGGAAGAUGGUGGCGCGCGCGGCUUGUGGCUCCCGUCGUCUGCCCAAGUCUCAGCUCACCGUACGGGCCGGUGUCUCGCUGAUCUGGAGCCCCCGCCCGCCGGGCCCCUGACCCCGCGCCCGCUAGCGCUAGCCGCGCCUGCCGAGCCUCACCGCGACAUGCCCCGCGCCCGCAAGGGAAGCGCGCCCCGCAAGAGCGGCCAGCGCCGCAGAGCGGGUGCCCGAAGCAGUGCCCAGGCUGACUCAGGUUCCAGUGAAGAUGAGGCAGCCAGUGAGGCAUGCAGCACCACCAGCGAGUGCCCCAGCCUCCUGAGCACUGCCGCAGAGGACAACCUCGGGGGGGAUGCCGUGGAUGAGCAGGGCCAGCAGGAAGACCUUGAGGAGAAGUUGAAGGAGUGUGUGGACUGCCUUACCGACAAGAGUGCCAAGACCCGGCAAGGUGCACUUGGGAACCUCCGCCUGACCCUGGCAUCCCACCUUCUCCCUGACUUCUUGCUGGAACGCAGUCUCACGUUGACCGAUGCCUUGGAAAAGUGCCUCAAGAAAGGGAAGGGCGAGGAACAGGCCCUGGCCGCUGCCGUGCUAGGCCUGCUCUGUGUGCAGCUGGGCCCUGGACCCAAGGGCGAGGAGUUAUUCCACAGCCUGAAGCCCCUGCUGGUCUCUGUGCUCAGUGACAGCACCGCCAGCCCUGCUGCCCGACUCCACUGUGCUUCUGCUCUUGGUCUGGGUUGCUACGUGGCUGCUGAUGAUGUCCAGGACCUGGUUUCUUGCCUUUCCUGCUUGGAAGGUGUUUUCAGCCGGUGCUGUGGUCAGGGGAGCCCUGCGGCCCCUGCGGUCCCUGCCAGCCUGCAUGGCCUGCUCUGUGCUGCCCUGCAAGCCUGGGCAUUGCUACUCACCAUCUGUCCCAGCACCCACAUCAGCCAGAUUCUGGAGAGGCAGCUGCCCCGGCUGCCCCAACUUUUGUCUAGUGACAGUGUGAACCUGCGGAUGGCAGCCGGCGAGACCAUCGCCCUGCUUUUUGAGCUUGCCCGGGACCUUGAGGAAGACUUCGUGUACGAGGACUUGGAGACCCUCUGCGGGGCCCUGCGCACCCUGGCCACCGACAGUAACAAGUACCGUGCCAAGGCCGACCGCCGGCGCCAGCGCUCCACCUUCCGUGCCGUGCUGCACUUUGUUGAGGGUGGCGAGUGCGAGGAGGAGACGGUCCGCUUCGGACUUGAGGUGCUCUACGUGGACAGCUGGGCUCGGCGCCGCGUCUAUGCUGCCUUCAGGGACGUGCUGGGUUCGGGCAUGCACCACCACCUGCAGAACAAUGAGCUGCUCCGUGACGUCUUUGGCCUAGGCCCUGUGCUGGUCCUGGAUGCCACCGCCCUGAAGGCCUGCAAGAUCUCACGCUUUGAGAAGCACCUGUACAACGCCGCCGCCUUCAGAGCCCGGACCAAGGCCCGCGGCCGCAUGCGGGACAAGCGGGCGGACGUGCUGUGAGGCUGGACCUGCCGAGGUGGGAACUGUCCACACCCUGGCCCGUGUUUUUAACAGAAGACAGUGCAGCAACUGGUUCCUGCCAGGAACUGUCACUUUAUUUUUUUAAUGGCAAAACCAAAAACAGACACGGGAGUGGGCGGCUCUGAGCCUUUGUCCCUGCACUCGGCCAUGUGGCGCUUCCUUUCCUGUCUCAGGCAGACGUGUGCCUGGCCCCAGGCUGGGGGACAGGCAGCCGGGGCGCGCCCUUUUUUUUCUCUUCUUUCUCAGGUCUUUCUUCCCUGGGAUGAACCAUUUCCUUUGGGGGGACAGCAUCUGGACAGAUGCCACCGUAGAAGGUGGGGAGGCAGGGAUUACGGGAGUGAGUCUGUGGUUCGUGAAGGUGAUCGGAGAUAAUUAAAUUGAAUGCUCAGCCCUCUGUAGCCCGGUUCCUUGCUGUGCCGCCUGCCCUCACUCUCCAUCCGCCUCCCCGCCGGGUCUCCUCUUCCAUCUCUAGGCCACCUUUGCCCUCCAUUCAACACGGCUUCUCUCCAAGUCCCCUCACCCCCACCCCAGCCCAGCGUGUCUUUUUGAGCUGAAGCUAGACCCCCCACUAAGAGACUUGGCAGAGUUUGGGUGACUGGGGUGGGAGCAGCUAUUUCUAGACUUCUGAACCUGCUAUCUGGGGGAGGUAGAGGGUGCUGCCAGACCUUGGGAGCAGCCAGGAGGCUGUGUCACUUCCUGGGGCCUUGGCACCAGAGGGUUGGCUAGAUUGGCCUGAAGAAGUCAGGACGUGAAGAAGUCAGGACAGGCGGUCAGCUGUGGGGUCACAUCAGAUUGUUGUAUAAAACCUC